AUGCCGCCGCCCAAAAGAAGUGCAAAAAAGGCCACAACGAGAACCAUUAGGGACAAAAACAAGCGUGGUGCCGUCGUGGCAAGGGCGCAGCAUGCCCCUGUCCCAAUGAGCCUUGGCAAAAUUCUUUGGGCCCGUCCGCUGGACGCCGUGGAGGAAAGCAGCGUGCCCACGGGUUCAUCGUCAUGCGAGGGGCACGUGUCUUCUUUUCAGCGCCUGGCCACGAUUGCGCACGGUACGUUUCUGGUUACAAUGACGACAAAAGCGCAAAUUGGGGUUUCGCAGGUUGAACAAAGUAUCACGGCAACUGCGGACGAUCGCUGGCUUGAGGCCCUUGUGCGGUACUGUGGGUUUACGGUUCGGUUGGACGACAUCAUUGAGACCGCAGCCGCGUUCAGCGACUGGCUGCAAAUUCUUGUGGCCUUAAAGCGAAUCGGGGACGCGGCGCAGCAUCCUCUCACAGCUGUCGGUGAGGCAAGGGGCCCGGCGUCAACGGUUCCAAAAGAGAUUGUGGUGGUGAGGCUCAAACUCCUUCGUGCGACUGUGCCGUCCGUUUCGGAGGCGGAGGCGUUCCUUCGUAAACGGUGGGGCCAAAGCGAAGGUUGGCGACGGGAGGCAAGGAGUUGUUUGAAAAUUGCGCUGGAAGCUGAGACACCAGCGACGGAACAGUUUCAAAACAAUGACUUUCAGUCAGGGACGGGAAGGCCAACUUCCGACGUGCUUCCUCCGGCGACUUGUGACGAGAACGCGCAUGACAGUGGCGGAGUUAGUGAUGAGGAGCUGUUGGCACAGAUAUCAAAGGAGCUUCGUGCUUCUCUGUCGCAGGAGAAGCUGCUGGGCGUCGUCGCACAAAUGCGGAGGGAGAUGAUGGGGCUGGACGCAAAGGAGCAGGCGUUGGUAACUAGACGUCAACAGCGAGAACAUCUUUUGGCCACCUACGAUCUGGUGUGUGCCAUACUCGGUGGAAGCCGCUCGGUCUGCGGCCUGGCACAGUUGGUGCCUCAGAUGGCGGCGCAGAAUCGCUUCGGUGAUGACGAGGAAAAGGUCCUCCAGCAGCUGGCGUCUCUUGCGCGUUACAGUGAGAGCGGCAUCGCGAUGUUUGCCGUCAGUGGUGAGUUAGAGAGGCACCUCAGUGACGAGGCAGAGGGUGGAGCCCCGCCAUUCUCCUCAAAAGCGGUGGAUGUGAGCAAGUGUACUAUGCAGGAGUUGGAGUCGGUGCUGCUGCGUUUAGAUCGGCACUCGGCAUCGAGAGCCAAACUCUACGCGGCAGUACAGCGGGGGUGA